UAUCGGUUCGCCUGCCAUCUCUAUAACACGUUUUGUUUGUAAAUAAAAUAAGUAAUAAUGUUGGCGCCAAUUAAGCACUUAUUGGCGAAUUAUCGCAUUGUCUUGGCCAGCGGCUCUCCACGGAGACAGGAACUGGUCAAGAUGCUGGGCCUCAAUGCGGAAUUGUGUCCAUCGACUUUCGAGGAGAACUUAAACGUGGAGGAUUUCAAAGAGUUCUCGGAUUAUAUUGAAGCCACUGCUCUGGGAAAGGCCGAGGAGGUGUACUCGAGAUUGAGCUCCUCGGGGGACUCCAAAAACCUAAUUGUCAUAGCCGCAGAUACGAUGGUGACCUUGGGAAAGGAGAUCUAUGGAAAGCCCAAGGAUCCUGCGGAUGCUGUACGCAUGCUAACCAAUCUCUCUGGAACCUCCAACCGCGUUUUCAGCGGCGUUGUGCUGAAACAUGCCAACGGUGUUCGCAAGUUUACGGACACGGCGGACGUAUACUUUGGUGAUCUGCUGCCAGAACAAAUUCAGAGCUAUGUGGACUCCGGACAUCCCCUGGAUAAAGCUGGUGCUUAUGGCGUCCAAGGACCCGGGGGUGCGCUCAUCCACCGGAUCGAUGGCGACUUUUACUGUGUCAUGGGACUGCCCCUGCAUCGACUGUGCUGUGAACUGAACAAGCUUUUCCUAGAGGAUCUGUCGUCGUAAAAGCUGGUUUCAUCGUCGCCGUCAUCACAACCAAACUAUCUGAGCUUUAUGCAGCAACAAGCGUCAGAGGCUACACACACUCCAGCGAUUUUAAUCUUGGUUGAUAAGCGGCUAUAUGUCUCCGCCGUUGAGGGCCUGUUUGCUCUUUUUUAGCCCAAGUCCGUUAAAAAUAAAAAAUCAUACAACAGCGA